AUUAAUUUGGGCCGUUAACCUUGUUUACGUGGCAUUUUUUAUAUUUUUUUUGAUGAUGUGGAGAGCAAAAUUUCAAAAAGUGAUGACAUGGAUAAAAUUUUUGCCAUGUCAGAUGCUAUCCGGCGAAAACACACUAAAUCCAUGCAAGGGCUAAAAAGAAAGGAAAUUAGGAUAAGGAUCAAGGCUGAUAUUUCUCUCCUCAGCCACGUGUUUUGCUCUUCCUUAUCUUCUCCUUCUUCCCGAUUCUUCCUCCCGACAGCCCCCCUCCAAGCCCCUUUAGCCACCGACUCAUUUCUUUGAGAAAAUUGGUGACCAAGCUUGGGAUUUUCUCUUCCUUUUCUUGUUCUUGAACCCAGAAACCCCCCCCCCUUUGCUGGAAAUCCCGGAUCUGCUCUGCUCUUCUCCCCUGUCCACCGGCUGCUAUGUGGGUUUGAAUUUAUGGGCAUUUUUCGGGUAAGCCAUAGCCAAGAAAUCAUCUCUUUAACCUUGAUUUAGGCUGGGAUAUGCUAAUUUCUGUUUAUUUCCCUCAAUUUUUUUGGGUAGUCCGUGAGUUUCCCCUGCAGAUGCUGCCGGCUUCUUCUCCCUGCCAAGUCCGGUUCUUGCUGGAAAAUUUUGGUAUGAUGGCCACUUCUUUAAGCCCUAAAUUAGCCAUUUAAUUGCUGCUUUGUGUGUGUCUGAAUUGUGCCAAAAAUGGGGAGGAAUUCCGGUAGCAUUUAGUAGCAUUUUAAAUGUGUUUUAAGCUUGAUUAAGUAGAAUUGAGCUUGAAUUAGCUGCUGUGAUGUUUUGUGUGAAAAUUCCGUGUGUGUGAAUUGUGAUUUGCCAAAGUUAUGCUCUCCCUGUGCUGCCGUGAGAAAUGGGAAAAUUUUGGUAGAUUAAGUUAUGUUUUAAGCUUGGUUUAAGUGUAAAUUAGCUUGAAUUGGGUUGUUGUGAUCUUCGAGUGAAAUCCCGUGAGAUUAGUUAGUGUUUUGGCCAAUUUGUGGGAGUGGAGUUACUAUUCACGUCAGGGUCACUGUUCACCGGCACUGUUCACCGGUUACUGUUCACACCCCGAGAGUCGACAAUUAACGAGGACUUAAAUGAUUAGUUUGUGAUAUAAGAACGAAUUUGGAGAUAUUUGAUCAUGUGGAGAUUUAUGGAAAUAGCUUUGUGAUUAGGAAUGAUCCUAAUGAUGAUUUCAGUGUAAAUUUGUGAUAGUGGUAUUAAUUCUUGGAAUAUUUUGAUUAGGUUCUCGAUCGUUCUAUCAGUUUAGUACGUGAAUUGAGUGCUCGGUUUUGCGGAGUGAGGUAAGUAAUUUAUGGU